AUGGAUCAUCUUUUAAAGGUCCCUAACAACCCAUUUGAGCUUCAUAUUGAUACAAGCCCUCUUGAUGACAGUGAAAGCUCCCUCAAUCACUGGGAAGAAAUCAGAUUUCUCGGCAGGCACCCAUCACGCAGAAGUUACCACUCCGCUGCAUCAUGGAACGAAAAAAUCCUCAUAUAUGGUGGACAAGACUUACGAGAAGGCCCACAAUCAGGCCUUUGGUCCUUAAACUUACGAGAAGCUUAUUUCGACGCAGAGCCCUGGGAAGAAAUAGAAAUUCCAGGAUUAGGUCCAUUGUGCAGACACUCAGCUAUAGUUAAAGACGAUAAAAUGUACGUAUUCGGAGGCAGCAAUGGUGACCGAGAAUUUAACACCACAAGUGUAAUUGAUUUAAAUUCUCGGAGCCUUACGGUUAUCCCUCCUGAAAGGCCUGAUCUCCCACCUUCUCUAGACUCUCAUACUGCUUGUCUAUACGAAGAUGUCGCUUCCUCAAUGGUCGUAUUUGGAGGUUUUGCAGAAGGGGUCAGGUCUAAUACUGUUUAUAUACUGAAUUUAUCAACCCAUAAUAAUAAAAUGGCGGCAAUCGGAAUUGGUUAUCUGUGAGAACCAUUCUUCCUUGGCGAUAUAUUAUUAUAGGGUUCAGUUUUCCAUGUCGAUCUUUAUCCACAAUGCUAAUAUGGAAUUACUGCCUAGGGUAGUUCGUUGGCUCAAGGAAGAAAAGAGACACACAGUUUUUUACUGCCUGGAACAACCGAAGAGGGUGACCCUGAUGUAGAACACGCAAAGGAUUCACAAUAUAGCCUGUGAAGAUUGCUGGCCCUUUGGUCUUGCUAGACAAGAUGGCUGCUGAUGUCAUCACUUAGGAGUUCUAAAGGGCUGGUUUCUCAUCCUGCUGAAGAGGGUAAUCACAUAUUAAAUCUAAAUAAUUAUUAGUAGAAAUAAAUCAACCCAGAAAUGGAAAAGGGCGCAGACUGACGAAGAACCAUCGCCUAGGUCUAACCAUUCUUCUGUUGUGUAUAACCACUGUUUAUAUAUAUUUGGCGGCUCAGACGAUGAAGGCGAAAAACUCUGCGACCUGUGGAAGCUUGACUUGAGGACUUAUCAUUGAGAAAAGAUUAUAGGACAUGGACAAAUCCCAACUGGGAGAUCUGGACAUUCUGCUAUUGUAUUUAAAGAUGAUAUGGUAAUUUUUGGAGGAAUGCGGGAUAUCACCAAGGAGACAAAUGACAUGUUUUCGUUUGAUUUUUUGACCAAUACGUGGACAAUGUUUCAGUUUGAGUUCCAAAUUAAAGAUCCGGUAACUCCUGAACAGCUGGAGGAGUAUAAGAAAAGGAAAUCAAUUAAUCAUAACCACAAGCAUAAGACGGUUCCUGAGCCAACUUCACCUGCAAAAACGCCGUCUCUUCAUAUAUCGAAGUCGCCAGAUGCUUCUCCUGUUGGAGAAGGGCUGUCUUUUCUGAAAAAGAAAAAUAGCUUGUAUGAUGGCCCUCCAAGUCCUCUUGAAGGAAGAAUUAGAGGAAAACCUCCACAUCCGAGAGAUGGCCAUUCGGCAGUUGUGGUUAAUAAUUUCAUGUAUGUGUUUGGAGGGGAUAGACAUCGUUAUUGUUAACUUGUACUUAUUGAAAAAGUUAACUCUAAGGUCAAAUGCCUUUUUUCUUCCUAGUGCUUUUCUAAUUGCUUGCCAGUUGGUGUGUUGCACAUCGCGAAGAUUGCUUCUGUCGGGUGAGUACAGACUUGAGUCAUCACACCACUUCACAAUAAGGUUAUCUAUCAUUGAAUAUCCAAAUAGAAUUCCGAAGCCCAGAACGCAACUCCUAGUAUUGCGCUGGGUAUUAUUCUUGAUUGGCAAUAUACAUCCUCUGGCACAGUUGGGAGAACCCUUCUAGCUUUGUGACCCCAUUUAUCGUUACGCAAUUUUAAGGUAUAGAUGGAAUAGACAUCAGAUGCCGUUUAAUGACCUUUAUGCUUAUAGACUUGUGGAAACUACAAUUAAAACUCCUGUUCAGACUUAA